UCACUUCAACGUUCAGAUAUAAAUCAACAUUUUAGAAAUGAAAUAGGGAUACAUAACAUUGUGAUCAGUUUUAUUUCAAUAAAAAAUUCAGGGCGUCUCUGAAUUUAGUGUAAAGCGAAUGUUGCCUCAAUUCUUUUACCUCCAAGUUGAUUACUUGUAGGUGUAACAGUGCACAGAGUGAAUUAUCACUACGGCGUUUGGUAGAAGAAGCGUGCAAGACAUUGUUUGGUGAAGUGGGGGGCUCGAUACCUGUGGAUGUGCUAUCAGUGCAAGACAAGACAGCUGUAUUGCGAGUAAAUAGCACGGAGUUCAGGAAAGUCUGGGCUGCUCUUACAGUAACUACCCAGUUACGAGUGCAUAAGGUGUCUCCUUCACUACAGGCACUUGUAUAGGCAAUACAACAUGUCGUCUCCAUCAAUUCUACCUGCUGGGUCAGGCAACAAAGAUAUAGUGAUUGUAGCAUCACGCGAAGAGUUGUCUACACCAAGUAGAGUAUCACUCCCGGACCCUGAACCGACACCUGGCCUCAUUCUGGCAGAUGGUUCCAUCAAUUGGGGAUGUCCAUGUCUUGGGGGUAUGGCCACUGGUCCUUGUGGGAUACAGUUCCGUGAGGCAUUCUCCUGCUUUCAUUACAGUGAGGCGGAUCCAAAGGGCAGCGAUUGUUACGAGAAGUUCAGCGUGAUGCAACAGUGUAUGGCGGAGUACCCCGACCUGUACGGUCGCGACGACGAUGACGAACUCGCAGAGGCGCUCGCCGGCUCCGAUACUGCCACCGCCCCUGCCACUGCCACUGCCCCUGCCCCUGCCACUACUACUGACAACAACGCCACUGAGGAACCUCACUGACCUACACGCACUCUCACACACACACUGUAACCGGUCCCCGUUGUCCCUGAUCCUGCCCACUCGAACCUACUGUAUGGUGAAGGCUAGUGUGCGGUCGCUAGAGCUAGUUGCAACACACAAACGAAAUAUGUUAAUAUUUUACCUUGUUCCCAGUUUACUCUGCACAUGACACACGUGUCGCCAUACCAGCGUGCCCGAAGUGUGCGUGCGCGAACGAACCAACGGAAUAUUGGUUCAGUUCUGAGUUUUACGAAAUGAUUACUGUUCGAUCACUGUACAAUAAUGUAAUAGCACGGGGCUGAUUUGACGGUGACAGACGGAAGAUACCGUAGACUCACAAAACUAUAUACAAAGUUUUUUUUUUAUUGCCCUUGUAGGCAGACGAGCAUACGGCCCACCUCAUGGUGAGUGGUUACCGUCGCCCAUGGACUUCAGCAAUGCCAGG